GUCAGUGUAAGAUUGUUGUUUGUAUUUUUAAAUGUUAUUUGCUUUUAUGAAAUACUAUAUUCAGGAAACUCAACAGUUCUGAAUGAAUUAUUUACGAAAUAUAAUCUGUUAACAUAUCGGUCAAAGCAUAUUGCAAGCCCUAUCGUUUUCAGAAUAUUUAGUAACAAUGGCUUUGCCGCAAAAGAAAUAUUAUAGACAACGUGCGCAUUCUAACCCUAUCGCAGAUCAUUGUUUUGAUUAUCCAUCUCAUCCUGAUGAUUAUGACUGGACUCCCUUAUAUCCAAUUAUAGCAGAAAAACCAAAUCAGGUGGAGUUUUUAGAUGUUGGUUGUGGUUAUGGAGGACUUUUGGUUGCAUUGUCUCCAAUGUUUCCCAGUAACUUGAUGUUGGGUUUGGAAAUAAGAGUUAAAGUAUCUGACUAUGUAAAUGAUAGGAUAAAAGCACUCAGGGUACAGUAUCCUGAUCAAUAUCAAAAUGUAGCUGUGUUAAGGACAAAUGCCAUGAAAUAUCUUCCUAACUUUUUUCAUAAAGGCCAGCUAAAAAAAAUGUUUUUCUUAUAUCCAGAUCCACAUUUCAAGAAAGCAAAACAUAAAUGGAGGAUAAUUAACAAAUGGCUCCUUUCUGAAUAUGCUUACGUACUGUGUGAACAGGGUAUUGUAUACACAAUUACUGAUGUAAAGGAUUUGAAUGAAUGGAUGGUUGCACAUUUUGAGGAACAUCCAUUAUUUGAAAGUGUUCCUGAAGAAGAAUUGAAAGAAGAUCCGAUAAUAGAAAAACUUUAUGAGAGUACUGAAGAAGGUCAAAAAGUAACUAGGAAUAAUGGAGAGAAAUUUCUAGCAGUGUUUAGAAGGAUUGCUGAUAAAACGAAAACUAAUUAAAUUCCGAUUUAUUUAAUAAAUUACAAUGUUAU